AUCAUCCUUACGCCUUCUUUCUUCAUUAGUUUUUCUUCGGUCUAAAGUGAUUUGUUUUAUCACAUUUCGAGUCUUUAGUUCUUAUAUUAGUCACGGAAUCAGCGAGUUUUGACCAAUAAGUGUUGAAUAUUUGAAAAAUGGGAAGAUUUCGAAGAGUCGCGGAGGCGUUUGACGUGGCCGCCAUGGUGAGAGAUUGCGACAGCAGCGGCAGCGAACACUCGACAGAGAUGAUGAAAGAUUUGUCUGAUUUGGUCAACUCGUUUAUCGAGAAUGGAGAUGGCGUUGUGGAUUCAGAUUUUGAUAUGAGAAUUAACGAUGAAUGUAAUUCUGAUAUAACUGAUGAUCAUAUGGAAGAAACGAAGGAAUCACUCAAGACAUUGUUUCGAUCUAAAAAGGGUGAUGCUGACCAUGCUGUUAGAAAAAAUCUUCUUUUGAACGUUGAGAGAGCAUGGCGGCGCGUGACGGAAGAUAACUCAGCGCCACCGAUGCCAGGAUCUAAACGGCUAUUAAUGGCUCGCCUCCGUGAUCAGGGUCUUGACGCCGGUCUUUGCAAAUCCAAGUGGGAAAAGAAAGGGCGGCUUAUCUCCGGUGAAUACCAAUACGUCGACAUUAAUGUCGCCGGAACUCGUUACAUAGUCACCAUAUCUCUCUCAGAAGAAUUCGAGACAGCCCGACCUACUGAUAAUUACACUUCUUUGCUCGAGAUUCUCCCUCAAAUUUCAGUUUGCAAAGUGGAGGAGAUGAAAGAGGUGGUGAGAAUAAUGUGCAGAGCCGUUAAGAAGACGAUGAACCAAAGAAAAAUGGCGGUGCCACCAUGGAAGAGAAGAGAGUAUGUCCAAGCUAAAUGGUUUGGUGCUUACAAACGAACCACCAAUGAGUUGUCUACUAAAAACACGACAGAUUUGAAUGUAAAUGAGAAGAAAAUCGAAGGGUUUACAUGGACGCCAGAAGCUUUUUAUUGUAGACGCACAGAAGAUUUUGGAAGGAAGGGAUUUGGGUUGAGAAUGGGUAAUUUGACCAUGGCUAUGAAUGGAGCAAGCUAA